GAGCAGGGCUAGGUAAAAGAUCCUUAGCGGCCAACAGCCGGGCUCGGCGCAGCGAGCUGCGGGGCGGCUGCGGGCAGGGGCGUAACGCCGGAGCAGAACGGAGUAGGCAGAGCUCGGUUGCGUCCUCAGUGACCGUCGUUACCCCGGCAGUGCCGGCCGAUCAGCUCCUGUGCUGGCAGCCGGGUUUAAACGCUGAGGAGGGCUUGUGCGACACUGCUGUUCCCAUCAUUCAAAUCUCAAACCUGGUUUCUGAACUUCCUCCUCCGUAUACUGCCAUUGCAAGUCCAGAUGCCAGUGGUGUUCCUGUAAUAAACUGCCGUGUGUGCCAGUCGCUAAUCAAUUUGGAUGGCAAGCUACACCAACAUGUUGUUAAGUGCACAGUUUGCAAUGAAGCUACGCCAAUCAAAAACCCUCCUUCAGGGAAGAAGUAUGUUAGAUGUCAAUGUAACUGUCUCCUUAUCUGUAAGGAUACAUCUCGGAAAAUAGGCUGUCCAAGACCAAACUGUAGACGCAUCAUUACUCUUGGUCCAGUCAUGCUGAUCCCAGAAGAGCAGCCAGCUCAGCCUGCCUUGCCAGUUCAACCAGACGGAACUAGAGUGGUAUGUGGGCACUGUGGAAAUACAUUCCUUUGGAUGGAACUGAGGUUUAACACACUAGCAAAAUGCCCGCACUGCAAAAAAAUGUAA